AUGCAGUUGCAAAGCUCCGAACAGGCGCUCAUUCUCGGCAUCGACCCCGUUAACAAUGGCUACAAUCUCUAUCUUCCCCGUACCAAGACGUAUUUGACCAGCUCCAACAUCCAAAAUGUCGAUCGCGUUGAUAUCGAUGCCGCUGGUGACCUCGUCGACACCUUCGAUACACUUGACGCUGUCCCCAGCACAUUUCAUCCCCAGGCUCAGCAAAUGUCCGAUCGUGCCGCUACCACCGACGCUCUUCACAAGACCACGCCAGUGUCUGAGGGGGAGCCAUCACCCGAUCAUCUUGAUCGGACCAGUGAAGUUUCAGGCAGCGACGACGACGAUGACUUCAAGACAGGCGAACCAAUUGACGACGUCACACUUACCAAGCGCCAAAUCGACAGUGUAUUCGGGGUCCACAAGCGCGGUGCUCAAUUUCCCAUUGAAGACUUCGAGCUACCUGCGUCCCUUCUUCUCGACGUCACCGGUAUUUCCGGUGCAGCAAUGAUGGCCCUUCAUAUCUCUGAUGGUGUUCCGGACCCUAAAAAUAUUCGCGAAGCAAUGGCAAGUCCAUUUUGGCCACAGCUAAAGGAAGCUAUGAUCCAAGAGCUGGACCAGUUGUGUAAGAAUGGUACAUGGGAGGAAGCCGUCCCACCACCUGGGGCCAAGGUCGUGUCAACAAGAUGGGUUUUCAAGAUCAAAUACAACUCGAUGGGAGAACUCGACAAGUUUAAGGCCCGGCUCGUGGCAAGAGGAUUCACCCAACGCUAUGGUGUCGAUUUCAGCGAAACAUACUCUCCGGUACUAAAAAUGGCAAGCGCGCGAUUUCUUAUUACGCUUGGAGCUCAGUGGGGCUGUAAAGUUCGCCAUGGUGACGUUCCCAAUGCCUACCUUCGUGCACCGAUUGAUCGCCCGAUCUACGUGAAACCGCCACACGGAUCCCCAGCCGAAGGAGCAGUUUAUCGAUUGCUGAAGAGCCUUUACGGAUUGAAACAGAGCGGACGACUUUGGAACGACUUAAUUCAUAGCUUUCUUCUCGAGUGUGGUUACACACAAAGCCGCCAAGAUCCGUGCGUCUACUUCAAACAUGAAGCCAUCGGCACUACAGUUGUCGGCCUUUACGUCGACGAUGUCAUUAUAAUUGCACAGGAUGACUCCCUAUCUGAGACUCUUAUGCAACAGCUCCACGAUAAAUUCGACAUCAACGAUUUGGGGUUAAUCAGCAAGUGCCUCGGUAUUAAUGUGGAGACAACGGAUUACGGCUACUUUCUUCAACAACAGCACAACAUCGAUGCUCUCCUCACUAGGCUCGAAAUGACGAAUUGUACUACCCGUUCGACGCCAAUGGAAGAAAAACACAAGCUAUACGAUCCAAACUCGAGUCUCUUUUCAAACAAACGACUCUACCAAGAAGUUAUGGGGUCAUUAUUGUGA